UGAUAUUUUUUUUGAAAAAUUCAUUUCAAUAAGUGGGAGUUUCCAUUGUUAGACAAAAAAAUGGCAUCAAUUCUGAAGAGAUUAAAUUCAAAAAUCGAUAUAAAAUCUAAACAUCAUCAACAACAAUCGAAUCUACUAUUAAAUCCACGAACGCCAGAUUGGUUCGAUCAUUAUUCGGACAUUUGUACACAACUUUGUUUCGCUGUAUUCGAAUCAAAAUGGUUCAACGAUAUUCAUUCGGAUGUUAUCCGUGAUCUUUGUGAUGAUUCACUUGGUAAUGAAAUACAUUUGCAUUUGUUAUCAUUAUUGGAACAAAUGUUUCCAUUGUAUGAUUAUAGUGAAAAAGUUGAAGAGACAUUCCAUACAUUGUUAUCGUUGAUUGAACGAAAUAAAUCCCCACAACGAAUUAUUAUAAUUGCCCGUCUAUAUUAUUGUGCAACAGCUUUGUUAUUAUUCUUCAAAGAGUCGAUCAUUGGUGUUGAUAAUAUAUCCAAAUCGUUCACGAAUUUCAUCCGGACAUUGCUGGCUAAAAGUUGUGAUCAACAAUCAUUUGAAUACGAUAUCUGUCUAGAUUGUCUUCGAGAAAUUUCCGCCACUUAUCCUGAAAUGUUAAUCGAAAUAUCGAAUGAUUAUAAACCGUUAAGGACACCAAGAAAUAUACGAGAAGCAUACUGUAUGUUACCGUUAUUUGAUUCAGAAAAUGAUUUGGAAAAAAUUCGUAAUCUCAUGCAACAAUUUGAUUAUACACCGGAUAUAAAAUUUUAUCAUAUCUGUAUGGAUGUUCAUCAUUUGAUAUUAUCCGGACGAUAUAAUACCGAUUCAAUAUCAUUGCUUAUUUUACGACCAUUUUUAUCGAAAUUUAUCAUUAGUAAUCAAAUUCAUCAGAUACAAUUUGCAUUAAAACUUUUAAUCGAAUUUGGUUUUGAUAUCUUCAGCUCAAGAGAAGAAGAAUUAUUUUUACGACAAAUGGUUCAAGCUUGUACAAUGCCAUCGAUACCGGUCGGUCAUCGACUACUAUUGUUGGCUUUCAUCCGUAUUGCUUUCGAAUCUAUUUAUGAACCACCAUUGAAUUCACCACCAUUAUCAUUGUUAAAUUCAUUACAUCCACUUCUGUUUGAUGGCCCGGAUACUCAAGAAAAAAAACUGCAGAUUAUGAAUCAAUCUGCAUUCAUAAUAUCGGACGAUGAAUUUUUCAACAUGUUAUAUCGACUUCAUCGGCAAAGUUCGAUGGAUAAACGAAAUUAUGAACGUGCCGCAAACGGUUUGUUUCAUCUGAUGAAUCAGGCAUUACGAAAACGGACACAAUUAACCGAUCGUCUAAUACAAUUGUUGUUGGAUAGUUUUUUCAUCACACAAUAUCUACAUUAUAUUAAAAGAUUUUGUAUAUUCUGCCGUGAUCACAAAGAAUUGGCACAAGAAUUGGUCGACAAUUUCAUUGCCAAACUAAUGAUGAUGACAAAAGAACAGGAUAAUAGUAGUGUUGAAAGUUUAAAAAAUUUACCGGUUACCAUUACAAGUUAUAAAGUUUAUAUCGUUUAUCUGGAAUUCAUCAAUUGGUUUCUAUCAGUAGCACAUCGUCAAAUUCGUUUGACCGAAUUCCAAAUAGAAUUCCUUAUUAAUUUUAUUCAUCGAAAUAUUUUUCAUUAUGCCGAUUCAUCGACAAUGGCAUUACAAUGUUGUACAUCAAUCCUAUAUUAUCAACGUGUAACACAUAAAGUUAAAGGAGCACUAUUCAAUCUAUUAGAAUGGCUAAGAAAUGAACGAAAAUCCGACCUGGAAGCAUCCAGUUUAGCACAGAUAUAUCUAUUAGCAUUAAGAACGUUAACGGAAGCAUCAAUCAAACAGGUGUUUACAUCGGAUGAAGAGGAAUUUCUACUCCAUCAAACCCCUGAAAUAUUUGAACAAUAUCUAUUGAAUGUGAAGAAUACUUUGCCACAAUGUCCCAUUCGAAUCGAAAGAUCCGCUAAAAUUAAUAUCAAUCGACAGAUAUACAGUCCACCACCAUUCAUCAAAAUCAUUUCGUUUAAUGUAUCAUUAGAUUCUCGGAGUAAAUUCAAUCGAAUAUUUGCCAUAGAAAUACGAUUUUCAUGUCGACAAAAUGAUAGGUAUGAAAAAAUCAUACAAAUACCUUACAUUGAAGAUAAACAAAACCCGAUUGGAAUUAAUCUGCCAAUCGAUUUUCUCAUACAUGAUACUAUACAACUUUCGAUUGAAAUGAAAUUUGUUGAUAUGCGUGGUAAUAUCUAUGAUCAUCUUCAAAAUCAAAUUGAAACAAUUUCUUUUGAAGAUUUGUUGAUUGCAUUCGCAAUCGAUAUUGAUCAAAUUGCUGUAAUCAAAAUGGACAAUAUAUUGACAAAACAUUCGGAUUCGAUUCGAUCAAUAAUCUGCGUACCAGAUCACCAUACAAUACAAUCAUUUAUCGAUUAUCAUCAAUGGCUUGAACCAUUCAUCAUAACUGAUUUAUCAUCACAGAAUUCCACAUUAUCGUUUGUAAUUGCAACGACACCUGAUAGAAUUACCAUAGGUUCCAUCCAGAUAAUCAAUAAUUGUGUAAACAUUGAAAUCGAAAGUAAUCAUUAUGGCCUAAUGCCGGCAUUAUUUUCAAGAUUUCGAAGAAAAUCUAUUUGAUGUUUUUUUUAAA